GGAGAGGAGUGGCCGAGACGUGGAUCUGUCGCCUAGCCGGCGUGAGGGGUAGCUGGUUAGCUAACUAGCUAGAUGGUGCUUCGCUUUUGCGGUACGCGGAACAGAGAUCGGAGAAGCCAAUAGCUAAUGUUCAGAUAGCUAGCUAGCUAGUUAGAAUAGAUCCUGUGAGUUGCCAACAUGGCUCUGUACGAAUAUGUCACUCGGGACCAACUGUCGGGCUUCGACAAGUACAAGUAUAGUGCGGUGGAUUCCAACCCCCUGUCAGUCUACGUCAUGCACCCCUUCUGGAACUCUGUCGUCAAGGUGAUGCCCAGAUGGUUAGCUCCUAACCUCAUCACCUUCACUGGUUUCAUGUUCCUGGUCUUCAACUUCCUCAUGCUGUCCUUCUACGACUACCACUUUGAUGCAUCCGCUGAAGGAUACACUCAUGUGCCAAGCUGGGUGUGGGUCGCUGCAGGACUUUUCAACUUCCUGGCGUAUACACUGGACGGUGUGGAUGGUAAGCAGGCGAGGCGUACUAACUCCUCCACACCACUGGGGGAGCUGUUUGACCAUGGCCUGGACAGCUGGGCCUGUGUGUUCUUCGUGGCCACCGUCUACUCCAUAUUUGGGCGUGGCCCGAGCGGUGUGGGCGUGGCUACGUUGUACUACAUCCUGUGGGUGGUCCUAUUCUCAUUCAUCCUGUCUCACUGGGAGAAAUACAACACAGGAAUCCUCUUCCUGCCCUGGGGCUAUGACAUCAGCCAAGUGACCAUCUCUAUAGUGUACAUCUUCACAGCGAUGGUUGGCGUGGAGACGUGGUAUGAACCAAUCUGGUGGAACUUCCACUACCGAGACCUCUUCACUUUCAUGAUCCUCGGUUGUUCGUUCACUGUGACCCUUCCCAUGAGCCUCUACAACGUCUUCAAGGCGUCUCGUAGUAACACUCUGAAACACAGCAGUAUGUACGAGGCCUUCCUCCCCUUCCUCUCUCCUGUCCUCCUCUUCCUCCUCUCCUCUGUCUGGGUGAUUUUCUCUCCGUCCGACAUCCUCCAGCAGCAGCCCAGAGUCUUCUACCUCAUGGUGGGGACAGCCUUCGCUAAUGUCACAUGUAAGCUGAUCGUGUGCCAGAUGAGUAACACCCGUUGCCAACCGCUGAGCUGGCUGUUGGUUCCCAUGGCGACGGUGGUGUUGUUGGCGGUUACGGGGCUGGUUGCUAACGAGACGCUGUUGAUCUACGUGUGGACGGCCAUCGUCAUACUCACACACAUACACUACGGAGUGUCAGUGGUGCACCAGCUCAGCGAUCACUUCAACAUAUUUGCCUUCUCUCUGAUGAAGCCCAGCACUGACUGACAGGACCAGGAGCGAAUCGGCUUGCAGGGAGCAGAGGUUUAGACCCUCCCACCUCCCUCUGCAGCCAACCGACACUUCACUCUCAUUACCACGGAAACACACCACUCCCCCCACGAGGAUUCUACCACCCAUCUGAUCUCUGACCCUCUGCCCUGGCACACACACCCCAACCCCCUUCCUGCACAGUAUCAGUUUGGGGGCGGUCCUCAGAACUUUGGGGGCGGCAUCCCGGGGCUCUUGGUUCCUUGGCUGCUGAUAGGUUGAGCUGAUGAGCCAAUGAGAUGUUGUUUCCUACGGAAAUAUUCUUCAGCCUGGAGAACAGGAGCCCAGACCACACACUUACUGCUUACACCCAAACACACACCGCUUACAGACAGACACACUUACACAAACGCCACAGUUGUUACUUUAACUGUUAAACGGUUUAAACACACACACUCUUAUGAAUGUUCAGUAUGUUAUUGCCUUGGGGAAAUGUCAUUUCAGUUAGUUAGUUUGACAGACAGCUCUGCUCCACCCCUGACCUCUAACCCCUGACCUCUAGUUUGACAGACAGCUCUGCUCCGCCCCUGACCUCUAGUUUGACAGACAGCUCUGCUCCGCCCCUGACCUCUAACCCCUGACCUCUAACCCCUGACCUCUAGUUUGACAGACAGCUCUGCUCCACCCCUGACCUCUAGUUUGACAGACAGCUCUGCUCCACCCCUGACCUCUAACCCCUGACCUCUAGUUUGACAGACAGCUCUGCUCCACCCCUGACCUCUAACCCCUGACCUCUAGUUUGACAGACAGCUCUGCUCCACCCCUGACCUCUAGUUUGACAGACAGCUCUGCUCCGCCCCUGACCUCUAGUUUGACAGACAGCUCUGCUCCACCCCUGACCUCUAACCCCUGAACUCUAGUUUGACAGACAGCUCUGCUCCACCCCUGACCUCUAGUUUGACAGACAGCUCUGCUCCACCCCUGACCUCUAACCCCUGACCUCUAGUUUGACAGACAGCUCUGCUCCACCCCUGACCUCUAGUUUGACAGACAGCUCUGCUCCACCCCUGACCUCUAACCCCUGACCUCUAGUUUGACAGACAGCUCUGCUCCACCCCUGACCUCUAACCCCUGACCUCAUCUGAACCGUGCGGUCGGUCCGUCAGUUGGUGUGUCACGGUUCUAUCAAGGGUAUGAAGGCGGAGUCUCAGCUGUGCUUUUCUCUUGAGGGGAAGUGAACUGUCUGUCUUUAUAUGGCAACAUGAUUAUUAAAAUGGGGGUUUGUUUUUUUAUUUAGAGAAAAAAACUGAACAAAGAGAAUAUUAUUAUGAUCUAAAAAUGCUCCGCUAAUUCAGCUGAGGUGUGUGUGAAACAUCCUCUCUCACACGCACUACACACAUGCUUGGUGAUGACGGUUGGUAGUCGGAGUUAACUGUGAGGCCAGUUCUGACCAAUCAGGGCCCUUUCGGGGGCGAGACGGAGGGUGGAAACACCCAAUCACGGACCUCGCUCAGUGCUGACCCCAGGAUGACCCCUGAGCUGUGAACUGUAGUGACCUCUGUAGUCUGAACUCUGACCUCCAGAAUCCUCCCACCGCUGAGGUGUCGUCGUGGCAACAGGCCGAUUCGUGAUCGAGUUCUUUUUUUUUUGAAUUAUUUUUAAUUUGAUUUCCUCUCUGUUAAUCUCUCAUAGCUGGGGUGUGUGUGUGUGUGUGUGUGUGUUGGUAGCAGCAGCGCUUGAAUGAAGAGUGUGUCUGAAAACCGCCAGCGGAGCGACUCACUCUGAGGGAACAGGCUGCCAUGACCACAACCCCAUGAGAUAUACCUGUAACACUGUCUGUACUGUCACACCUGUAUCACUGUAACACCUGGUAUACACCUGUAACACUGUC